AUGGAAUCUGACAGUUUUGAGCAGAUUCUGUCAGAAAUGGCGAGAGUAGACAUAACCCAACCCCUAUAUGACCAAAGUACCUUUAUUGGAAGGUUCAAGCAUUUCGCCGCCAUCACUAACCCCCUACUGACGUUAACUUCUGAGAAGGAACUACUGGCAGCAAAAGAACUAUAUUUGCAAUACAAAGCCGGCAAAGAACCGUCGGAUACAAAAUUCGAAGAUGUAGUUCGUGCCAAGACUCUCUACGAAUCAGCUUUCCACCCCGACAGUGGUGAGCUUCAGAAUGUUUUCGGCAGAAUGACCUUUCAGAUGCCUGGAGGGUGUCUAGUUACGGGUGCUAUGUUGCAGUGGUACAGAACACCCGUUGCUGUAGUUUUCUGGCAAUGGGUAAACCAGUCGUUCAAUGCACUGGUAAACUAUACCAACCGGAAUGCAAAUUCGCCCCUCACCACCACGCAAAUGGGGGUAGCCUACGUGUCAGCCACAUCUGCCGCUAUGGGAGCAGCCCUCGUGUUCAAGUAUGGUGUACAAAAGCGCGCCAAGAACCCUAUCCUAGCUAGGUUUGUGCCAUUCGUCGCUGUGGCCGCCGCCAACUGGGUAAACAUUCCACUGAUGAGGCAGAACGAACUAACUUUAGGUUUGGAUGUGUGCGAUGAAAAUGGUAACAUCGUCGGCAAAUCCCGACUCGCUCCUGUCAAAGGCAUUUCUCAAGUCGUAACUUCUAGGAUUAUAAUGUGUGCUCCGGGCAUGUUGAUACUGCCGUUCAUCAUGGAGCGUCUGGAGCCAAAAGCCUGGAUGAAGAGGAUCAAAUGGGCUCACGUAGGAAUACAGACUGCUGUUGUUGGUGCAUGUCUUACCUUUAUGGUGCCAACAGCCUGUGCGCUUUUCCCACAAAAAUGCAAAAUAUCUACGGACACAAUCAAGCGUUUCGAGAAAGAAAAUUACGAGGAAAUUGUAAAGAAUACAGGCGGGAAACCACCCCAAUAUGUAUAUUUCAAUAAGGGUUUGUAA